GGAAAAUUCAAGUUUUCACAGAGGGUAUAAUGGGAAUUUUAAACUUACACCCAAAACUCAAUCUCUUCCUCUAUAUCCUUCUAACUGUAAGACAAUUUCUACUGUACUCUCUCUCUCUCUCUCAAUAAUCAGACAAGUGAAGAAGGCUUUUUUGGAUGGUUCAUAGAUUUGGAUUUUUCUGGAAGAAGUUGGGAGUUAUUUGUUUAUUGGAAGGAAUUUGAUAUACGAAAUUAGAAGCAAGGAUUGGUUGGGCGGAGUCGUCGAAGAACCAGUCAAGAUCGGAUUAUAAAUCUUUUUAGGUCUUUAGAAAUCUCAAAGACAUGCCAAUAACUAGAUCUCAAGAGCGAGGAGUUAGUCCACAUGUUUGGCAAUCUAGUGAUGCAGGUAUUCCUCUCAAGAAAAGGAAGUUUAUGUUUGUCAGGCAGCCAUCACCAGAGCCUGAAUUAGGGUCUUCGCCUCGAUUGGAAUCUCGUGAAGAAGAACAAUGUAUUGGAAAUACUUCAGAUUCAAGUUGUCCGACAGAAUUUAGUGGGUUUCAUGGUUGUAGUAGUACUGAGAAAUCUAUACCGGGGAAAGAAGAAGAGGGUUCAGCUGGCGGAAAUGUUAGCUUGGCUCUGAAUGCAAGUGGUCCGACAGAAGUUAAUCGGUUUCAUGGUUGUAGUAGUAAUGAGGAAUCUAUACUGAGGAAGGGAGAAGAGGGCUCUGCUGGCAGAAAUGUUAGCCUGGCUCUGAAUGCAAGUGGUGCGACAGAAGUUAAUGGGUUUCAUGGUUGUAGUAGUAUCGAGGAAUCUAUAUCGGGGAAAGGAGAACAGGGCUCUGCUGGCGCAAAUGUUCGCUUGGCUCUGACUGCAAGUGGUGCGACAAAAUUUAGUGGUUUUCAUGGUUCUAGUAGUAAUGAGGAAUCUAUACCAGGGAACAGAGAAGAGGGUCCUGCUGGUGGAAAUGUUAGCUUGGCUCUGACUGCAAGUGGUCCGACAGAAUUUAGUGGUUUUCAUGGUUCUAGUAAUAAUGUGCUGACUGUUUCAGCAGGUUUUGGUUCUGAACUUAGUUUGCAAUUGGCACCUUCCAUAAAUCCUGUACCAGAAACAGGGAAAGAAGAAGUGAUUAGAAAAAUCGAUUGUAGCAUGGGUGUCGAAACUGAUAAUUCUACAAACUCAAUAAAGACUGAAUUGCUAUUUGUUUCCAAAGUGUCAGCAGAUAUGGCUUCAGCUGGUGAGCAGACUCAAAGGGUAUGCAAGGAUCAGGAUAAAUUAGAUCCCAAUAAAUGGAACUUGGGGUUGCCCAAUGGUCAAAAAUUCAGUAAUAGCAAUGAUUUGAAGUUGGCCUUAAACAGUGCUAAUGAUGCAAAUAGGACACACUGGGAUUUGAACACUACGAUGGAGACAUGGGAGGGAUCUCUGAAAGGUGCGGCUUCUGUUGGUAGGAAUGGUUGUACUAAUGCAGUAGAUGAUGUCAGUGCACGUGAUGUGAAGCCUGUGAUAGGCUCAACUCAGAUGGUUAUUAGUAAAGCAGAGGGCAGUAAUGUUGAUUUAGGAAAGAAGAUCCUUAACAAGAGUAAGCAACAGUGUGGACCGGAUGAUCUCCUUCGUUUAGGGGUACAUCCUUCGGUUCCUCAGUCAGGUUUGAGUCUAGGACUCCUGUCUAUUCCAAAAGAAGUAGAUUCAAGUAGAGUGUCAUCUAAUUUGAGGUUACCUGAACGGCUGGUGCCGCCACCUAAAGUCAAUGGAAUUGUCAAAUCUGAACCAUCUGACGAGGGUAGUAGACUUGAACCUGUAGUAAAACCGAUACCUCCAAAAAUAGUUCCGUUGCAGGGGCGUACUGCAGAAACACCUAAACCCGCAAAAAUUGUACCAAAUUCUGUAAACCUUAGAACACUCAAAUCCGAACCAGGUCAAGGUGUUUGUGUUGAGAACCCGAAGAUAGUAGAAAAAGUGUGUAUGCAAUCAGCGAUUCGUCCUCUUAACUCUUUGGUGCCCACUCCUUCUGUUGCUGUUGCUUCUGACACAAGAAUUUCACAUGCCGUACAGUUUCCUAUUGCGGGGUUGUCAAAUCUGAACCAACAAGGAGGUCGUAAAGUUGAACUUGUAGCAAAAGUGAUACCUCCAAAAAUAGUACCAUCACAGGGGUGUACUGCAGAAACACACAUGCCUGCAAAAAUUGUACAGACUUCUGUAAACCCAAAGGGAGUAGAAAAAUUGUGUAUGCAAUCAGAGAUUCGUCCUCUUAACUCUGUGGUGCACACUCCUGUUGCUGUUGCUGUUGCUUCUGACCCAGGAACACCUAUUACUGGAGGAAUUUCACCUGCUUUACAGCUUCCUGUUGCAGGGGUGUCUAAUUCUAAUACCAAAGAGGCAGCAGACCAUGCUCUACUACCCGCCAAGAAAGAAAUGUUAUUGUGUGGGGGAGUAGAGCAGGGAGCAACUAACAAUGUUCCUGCUGCUGUAGGAUCGCUUUCCCGAAUAGCGAGUCCUGAUGGAAAAGAAUCAAAAUCAGCUGAUGAUACUAUUGGUCUGCCGGAAAAAGAAUGUCUGGAUGUUGCUAAUCCAAAUGAUAUGGAAUCAAAUUUGAUGGAUGGGCAUCAUUCCAAACCUCUUGAAAAUAGAGAGGCAUCUGAAAAUGAUGAGAAGGUUGACAUUCCUGCUGAGGAGGAGUGUCCGUCUGGAAAUGAUUGCACAUCAGGUGGUAAUCACGAUACUAAUGCACAUGACGUGGAGAAUAAUGACUGUGAAAAUGGAGAGGUUCAAAAAACUUUGGAGCAUAGUGCAAUUGAAGAAGGUAUAGGUCAAGUACUUGAAGGUGCCAGAAAUUUUCCUGAUGAUAACCGUGAAUCUGCGUCAGAUGUCGACAUGGACAUUUCUGAAUCUGAUGAUUGUGCAGAAAAAUCUGAAAGCAUAUUGCUAGACCGAAAGGAGGAACAGUGCCACAAUGGUGUGGCAUUUUUUAACGUACCUCUGCCAGUUGAAUCGUCAAUUGCCAGAACUCAGGAGGAAUUCAUUAAGUAUGUCAGACAACUGGAUCAGGCAGAACGAGAACUUCAAAGAGGUAAUAUAAUGACAUUGGCUUCUGAUGUAGUAACAAGCACAUACACAGGAUUUACCUCAAGUGAUGGUAUGGAUGUGGCACUUGCUUUACAAGAGAAUUUCAAUAAAAAAGUAAGUUAUUUGGGUGCAGGUUCUUCGGUUUUCUCAAAGACAGAAUCACAUGUGAAUAAUGAAGAAAUAGCUAAAGAUGUUAAUGCUGGAGGUAAUAAAAGCAGGAUUAUAAAUUUGCCUCGGGCAUCAUCUAAUGUGUCACAAUCAGGUGAAUCUGGAAAGAUUCCCAUCGAAGGCAUGGUUUUUUCGUCGCGGAAUCAUGGGGAAGGAUCUAACUGUGCAGAAUUUGAGGAUGAAAGAUUCCGUGGACGGGGAAAUAGAGAAGGUAGGUACAUGGAUCCCAGAUUCGAAAGAAAGAGGAAUCGAGAUCAUCAGCCAUUUCGUAGCAGUGGAUCUGAAUUUAGGCAUAGCAGAGGAAGGGUUGAUAACCGAGUACGAAAUGUGCGUAAUGAAUGGGAUCCUGAGUUUUCUACAGAACAUGGUCAUGGGCAAUCUAAUUUUCGCUUUACUAGGUCCAAAGAUAAUACUUCUUCCAAAUAUGAGGGCAGUGAUUUUGUUCCACGAGGUGGGAGGACUGUUGGUACUGGUAGGGGAAGGGGAAGGAGGAAGUCCUUGGAUAACGAGUUGCAAAGUUACCGCCAUCCACCAUCUAGGAGGCGAUCUCCUGGUGGGAGAGAGGGGCCUGUGUCACGUGGUAUACGAAUUCGAAGGGGUCCAAGAGAUGUUAGCCCAGAUAGAUGUAUUCCUGAAGAUGAUCCUGAUUUGAUUGGAUUGCGACAUGAAGAGAAGUUCAUAAGGGUUUUACCAGGCGAGGUAAUGAAUAAAGAUUUUUCACGUUCUCAACCUCAAUAUGAGAGAUUACAGGAGUCUUUUCUCCAUGGAAACCAAAGAUUUUUACCCAUGCAGAGGCGGAUACCGUUACAUAUGCCUCGAGUUCACUCAAAAUCUCCUCCAAGGUCCAGAACACGCUCCCCUGGCCCUUGGUUGUCACCUAGAAGGAGGUCACCUGACGAGUUUGUUGGACAUCCAGAUCUGAAUAAUUGCCGCUCUCCUCGGCUUUACAGGAUAGAGAGGAUGAGAUCUCCUCAACGGCAUCCAUGUUUUGCUGAAGGAAUGGUGGUUAGAAGGAAUGGUUCUCCUCCACAAUACAUUACCCGACCAUGUAAUGACUCGAGAGAGAUGGGUUCAUCAAGAGAUCUUGAUCAUCCACGGUCAUAUAUGCGCAGUAGGAGUCCUGGACAGAUUGUCCCUAGGAGUGCCAGAAGGUUUGUUGUAGACCCUCGAGAAAGGCCGGAAACUGAUGAAUUAUUUGCUGAAGCAAUUCACUCUGGUAGAUUUCAUGAUUUAUUAGUAAGUAAUGGAGGUGAGGAUGAUAGAAGAAAUGGCAUUGAGAGACCUGGUCCAGUUAGGUCAUUUCAUCCUCCUUAUAAUGACAAUUCUGAUGGAGCGAACUUCCAUCAUCAUGACGAAGAUGGCCCUCCUAGUAGGCCUUACAGAUUCAUAGCAGAAGUUGAUGGUGAAAUUCAUGAGAGAGGGAAUACAAGGGGAAGAAGAUUUGAAAGAGGAAGUUUAAGAGGAAGAGGGUUUGAAAGACAGAUUAAAAACCAACCAGAUAAGGCCACACCCAGGACAAGGAGCGCUGAAGAGCAAGAAGAAAGUUACUGGCAAAGUGAGCAGCAAAAUUGGCACGAGAUGUCUCCCUUUUGAGGAGGAGAGGAUUUGUUUCUGUUGUAAAUUAUGGUGUUAAGCACAGGGGCAAUGUUCCUUUAUCCAGAAAGGUCAGUUGCAGUUUGCUGUCAACCAAAUGAAUACUGAUCCUUGCUGGUAACUGGCGCCACAUUUCUUUUCAAAGGAUCUUUUUCAUGGGUUUGUUAAAGAAACAGACCUUGCAAAUUUUACUGAUCAAAUAGAGUCUGCUUUUGAGAAACCUAGACUAGCAGUUUACUCAACUUGGCAGUUACCAGGUUUAAUUGAUGUUUAUCAGAAAAAAAAAACCUAGUUAUAAAAGUUCCGAUCGAAGGGUUUUAAAUUUUGUAUUCAUCGCAUUUAUAGUUUCGAAUCUGGAUGGGGGUCCAUUUGUUAUGAAGAGAACCAAGAAAAGGUAAAUGGAUUAUGUUGCUGGGAAAGGAUCAUAUUUUGCAGAGCCAGAAAUAAACCAAGAGAUGGCAGAAUCUCACCACUCAGCAAAUACAAAUCCCGCGAGAGUUGAUCUUUGUGGAAACCCCAGCAAUGCAUACUUCAUCUUGACAAUUUCACUCGGCCUUAGAAGUUUGUUGGCAAGAUCUGGACUAGGACCACAAGAAGGGUGUAUCAUUCCAGUUCAACCCCCUCAAUCAUUUGGUUUGUGAACAGGUUGCAAAACAAGGGUUUCUGCGGAGGAGUUGUCUUUCCUAUUGCCAUCUGUAGGAAUUUUCGCAAAUAUUGUAACUUCCAGAGAUAAAGAAAUCGAGCUUAAUGAUGGAUACUUCAGAUUAUCAUAUGAUUCCCUUCUCUCUGCAGAAAGGAAGUUUGGUACCAUUGCUGGUCUCCCAGAUUCAGGUGCUCAGGUAAAUGGCGCACUAGUUCACAUGGUAUUGACAUCUUAAACUCAAAUAUUUCGUUAGAGAGGCAAUAAUAUUCCAACUCGAGCCUAUUGCCAUUUGCCAUACUUCAACAAGUAAGAGUGUACUAUAACCACACUGUGAGGUUAGAAGCUUUUUCAUUCUUGAAUAUGGAAAUUCUGCCAGUGAAGGAAAUAGCUGAUUUGAAUUGUGACCGUCAGUAUGGGAGUAACAACAGUUAGAUUGGUUUUGCAUUCUUGCUUGUGUAUUCACGCAUCGAUGCGUCUUCUUUACAUUUGAAAUGAGUUUCAGGACAUUAUCAAAGGAGAGCAGAAAAUCUUUCAGUAUAAUGUGUGAGAUUGGGGAAAACCCCUGUAAACUUCCAGCUGGAGUUUAAUGAAAACUAAAGAUGGAAUUUUGUAUUGGAGCAAGCAAGAGGAUUCAAUAUUGUGAAUUUCGGAAUAAGGUAGAGAUGAACAUUUCUCAGUAUUUUGAAGAAGAGGAUAAAGGAAAGCCCUUUCAGACUUUCAUCUGGAUUCAGUAUAAAGAUUUUGGGAAGAAGAUAUACGUUAGCUGGAAGUUCAUUUCCGGAAUUUAAUUUAAAGCUCUCCUAAUUUGCAAGAAAGAGCAUAUUGCCAAUGUGCAUAAUUUGCAAUAUGCCAAAGAUACACUCAAUUGUGUUGAUUGGUUGCAGAAAAAUGUCUCGAAUUCCCUUCAAACAACAGAUGGUUCAAACGUCUGCCUCAUUGAUUUGAGGAUGUAAUUUAAACAGCCAGAGUUACCUUCAGUUAUCAUGUACAAAAACCUGGGCAAAAGCUCCAUUUGUUGUAAAUUCUGUCUGGUGAACUGAAUGGCACGUGUUUGACAAGCCAGACGGUGCGAAAGGAAAAAAGCCCUGCGACUACUGUUGUGUUGGAUGGUGAUUCCUUCAUCACUGGUUUUGGUGUUGUGAUAUGUGACCUAAGCCUAAUGCAACAGUACACCACAGUAAACAGCCAAUAGUUACAGACAUCACCAUUUCAGGUUUCACUUUAAAA